AGUUCAAUCAGUUCGUCACAAGUUAUCACGAUGGCCGCUCGCUCGACAGCAGCAAUCGUCCUACUGGCCUUGGUGACCUUCUCCGAGGGUGCCAAGAUCCUCGGCGUUCUACCAACGAAGGGAAAAUCUCACUACAUUAUCGGGGCUGCCUACAUGAGAUCCCUGGCCGACGCUGGUCAUGAUGUCACCGUCAUCAGCCCGUUCCCAAGCAAGAACCCACCGAAAAACUACCGAGACAUCGAAUUAACCGGAAUGGACGAACAGAUGGAAAAGAACUUCGAUCAGAAUAUGUUCAACUUCAAGGGUUCCGGAGUAUUCCUCGCACCAUUUUUCAUGCUGACCAUGAUGUACGAGAUGUUCGCCGAAAUGAUGUGCUUAUUUAUCCUGCAACAUCCGAACGUCGUGGAGCUGCUCAACUCAAAUGAAAAAUUUGACCUUGUGAUAGUGGAAACGUUCAUCACCGAGUCACUGUACGGUUUUGCACAGCACUUUGAAGCCCCCCUGGUUACGUAUUCCACAUUCGGAAGCUCCAUGUGGACGAACGAUCUAGUAGGAACUCCAGCACUACCUUCUCACGUGGCCCACUUCAUGCUCAGCUAUACGGAUAAAAUGACGUUCUGGCAACGGUUCCACAAUACAUUUAUGACCAUUUUCGACCGACUCUACUUUGAGUGGAUCUAUCUACCGAAACAGAAGCGGUUCUACGAGAUGGGUUUCCCGAAUGCCAAACUGACGUUCGAACAGCAGAUGAAGAAUAUAUCGUUAGUGUUUCUGAAUCAACAUUUUAGUUUGAGUAGCCCUAGACCGUAUCCACCCAAUAUGAUCGAAGUCGGUGGAAUUCAGGUUGAGGAGGCAAAACCCCUGCCGGAGGACCUCCAAAAAUACCUGGACGAAUCCAAGGAGGGAGUUGUAUACUUCUGCAUGGGAUCGAACAUCAAAUCCAUCCACUUCCCGGAGGAAAAACGCAACGCCUUCCUAAAGGUCUUCUCCAAACUAAAGCAGCGAGUUUUGUGGAAGUUCGAAGAUGAAACCAUGCCGAAUCAACCGCCGAAUUUGAUGAUCAAGUCUUGGAUGCCCCAGAAUGAUAUCCUUGCUCAUCCGAACGUCAAGCUGUUCAUUACUCACGGAGGUCUACUGGGCACGACGGAAGCCCUAUAUCACGGGAAGCCCAUGAUCGGAAUACCGAUCUUCGGCGAUCAGCCGAUGAAUGUCGAAAAGGCCGUUCGCUCCGGGUACGCCGUACUGCUGGAUUACGAUGACAUCACCGAGGUUAAUGUGUAUAAUGCGAUCGAUGCAGUUUUGAACGAUCCAUCGUACGCCAGAAAUGCCGAGUUGGUAUCCGACCGCUUCCGGGAUAAGCCAAUGACUCCCAAGGAAACGGCAGUAUUCUGGGCUGAAUACGUAAUUCGACAUGGGGGAGCUCCCCAACUUCGCUCGUCUGCGGUUGAACUUUCGCUGCUGCAGUACCAGCUCAUAGAUGUCUACGCCAUGAUGCUAGCUAUGCUGACAGCCGUACUGGCUGUUAACGUGUACGUAGCGAGGAAGCUCUUCCGGAAGGUGUUCAAAAGUAGAUCCCCGGUAGUAGGCAAGAGAAAGAAACAGUCGUAGAUUGAGUUGCUUGAAUGUAAUCUUGAAUAAUAAACCACCGAUUUGAAAUA